ACUCAAGACAGCAAUUCGAGCACAAUGACAUAUCCAAACAUUGUUUUCUAUCUGACAUGUUUGUUCUUAGGGGAAAGAGCUCAGGGGACUAAUCCGAAUUCAUUCUCAUCUCAACGUCAAGAGAGUAGUUUUGUAUCAGCUAAUGUGGGUGAAAGCUUGACUUUGCAAUGUUUCUUUGAACCUGAUGGUGCAACAAGGAUUUACUGGUACAAGCAAAGUCUGGGACAGAAACCGAGGCUCAUCUCUACCCUGUAUUUGUUCAAUAAAAAUGGCACUUUUCAUGAGGAGUUUGAGACCAACCCACGCUUCACACUGGACACUGAAGUUGGGAGAAAUCACUUGAAGAUAACAGAUUUGCACACUUCAGACUCAGCUGCUUACUUCUGUGCAAGACGGGUCUUACUGACUAUAGAAUUUGCAGCGGGAACGAUUGUUCAUGUAAAGGGUUCAGGUUUGAACGUCCCAGUUUCGGUCCAUCAGUCAGCAUCUGAGCCCAUCCAGCCAGGAGGCUCUGUGACUCUGAACUGUACAGUACACACUGGGACCUGUGAUGGAGAACACAGUGUUUACUGGUUCAGAAAAUCUGAAGAAUCUCAUCCAGGACUCAUUUACACCCAUGGAGGCAGGAACGAUCAGUGUGAGAGGAAACCCAACACACAAACACACACCUGUGUCUACAACUUGCCACUGGAGAGCCUGAAUCUUUCUCAUGCUGGGACCUACUACUGUGCUGUUGCCUCAUGUGGACACAUACUGUUUGGAAACGGGACCAAGCUGGACUUUGAAGAUGCGCCGGACUCUCUUGUCUUGGUGUAUUUCUUGAGUGGAGCUUUGGGAUUGACCACCAUCCUGGUUGCUUUGCUGGCUUUCUUAGUGUGCGUGAUGAACAAGAGAAACAGCUACUCGGGUACAGACUCUCAAGCAAAGAUUCAUGCUCCCUCCACAGCAGAUGCAGAGGGUAACCAAAAUGAAGACAGCCUCCAUUAUGCUGCUCUAAAUGUUAACCUGCCCACCAGAUCAAGAAGACAGAGGAACGACACCAAGAGUGAAUGUGUGUACUCCAGUGUGAAGCAGUAAAACUGGACAUGUUACAUUUAUACUUAGUGAGUAAGAUGGCAAGUUCAUCGAAUCAUUUUGAACAUGUUUUGUACAUUUACAUGUAGAUCUUGAAAUAAAAAUCUUUUUCUAUCAUUCUUGUGGUCUGCAGUCAAAAGAUGAGAUCUCUCUGUGCUUUGGUACGGCAAACAUCUGUUUAUAGCUUCCUUGUGGUAAAGUUUAGUGACCUACACAUUUAGGGUCCUCUACUCUCUUUAUUUUGUCUGUUUAAAGGUUUAAAAAUGCUUAUAGGAUAGAAUGCCUAAAAGCUGCUCUUGGGCAAUGAAGACCGUGAUGGAUUUAUCAGUGAUAUUUGUGGUAGCAUUUGCAUUUUAUUCUUAAUGGUUCUUAAUUUAAUUAUUUGCAUUGUGGAUUUCCAUGAACAUUUUGGGUGAAAUAAGAUUAAAUAAAUCAAAUCUA